AUGUCCGAUACCAUCGCCACAAAGGAAGAGGCUGCGCUUGUGUUUGACCGGUUGAAGAAGGAUCCUGCAAACCAGGUGUGCUUUGACUGUCCCAAUCGUAACCCGACUUGGACAUCGAUUCCGUUUGGGGUCUUCCUCUGUCUCGAGUGCCUGGCGGUCCACAGAAACAUGGGUGUUCACAUCACCUUCGUUAAGUCGCUGAACCUUGACUCGUGGCAACGUAUCCAGCUUCGAAACUUCAAGUUUGGUGGCAACAAGGCGGCUAAGGAUUACUUUUGCAAGAAUGGCGGGUCUCAAUUCUUCAACAAGCUGAAUGGUGUUGACGCCACGGCUAAGUACACCAGCCCUGUGGCUCUGAAGUAUAAGGAAAAACUUAAGGCUAAGGCCUUGGAAGAUGCCAAACGUCAUCCUGAUGCCAUCACUCUCGACGACAUCACCACAGCUCCCGAAGGAGGAUCAGAUCUGAACGACUCCACCGAUGACUUCUUUUCUAACUGGACCAAGCCUGUCUCGGCGUCGCCAUUGUCGCUGAAACUGGUGACUCCUAACGCUAGUUCCGAUAGCCUCCCUGCAAAGAAGCCCGUCAGAACCGCGGCGGCUGCUAGACUUAAUCGUGGCAGCAAUGCCCCCAAAAAGUCGAUUCUUUCCACCAAAGGUAAUGGCCCUCGAUCCCUGAGAUUGGCCAACAAACGUCAAAAUAAAGAAGAAAUUGACUUUGAAGCUCUCGAGAAGCAGGCCAAGGAAGAAGCCGAAAGAGCGAAGGAAUUGGGUUACAAACCUGAGGAAGAGGUUGCUCCUAAGCCCGUUAUCUCCACGCCGGCCCCGGGCCCUAAAAAGGGGUUGUCUCUUGGCUCGAAGAAGGAGGAGGAUGAAUCCCCUUCACCCGCUCCUAUUCAAGAAACCACUCAACAAUUUCAAAGACUUGGCUUCGGUAUGGUUGAUGGCGACAAUGAUACCAAUGGGCCUAAAAAACAAUACAAAGAAGUCAAAUACACUGGGGAGGUCACUAACAAAUUUGGUACUCAGAAAGGUAUUUCUUCGGACGAGUUCUUCGGUCGUGGCCCCCGCUUUGACGAAGGCGCCCGUCGUGAAGCCCAAGAGAAGUUACAAGCCUUUAACGGCGCUCAAUCUAUCUCGUCUCUGUCAUACUUUGGCGAACCCGACGAAGCAAACAACCGAACCGCUCUGGGAAGUUAUAACUUGCAGGAUAUUCAACUGUCGGCUAGGCAAUUUGCUCUGCAGCUUCAAGGUAAUGCUCAAGAUUUGGAUGUCUUGAAGGAUGCUUUGGAGGAAGGCGCCACCAAGUUGGGGUCGUAUCUUAGGGAUUACCUCAGAUAG